AUGGCGUCGCCGGGAGUCGACGCUGCGUUGGAGCUGCUGGGGCGGAUUUCGCGGCUGGAGGAGCCGUUCGAGGGGCUGCGGGCCCUGCGGGUGGCUGUGCAGGCCCUGCCGCCCGGCGCCCUCCGGGAGAGGGGCCCCGAGUUCCCCUUGGCCGGGCUCUUCGCUCUCAUGGCACGGGGGGACAGCGAGCAGAUCUCUUCAUGUGUUUCCAUCCUGGAGCGGUUCCUCCAAGUCAUGGACCCCUUGUACAUAAUCCGAAACUUUGGGGAAGAACUUCAGAAAGGGCUCUUCCAUCCGGACGAUUCAGUCAAAAUCCUAACUAUAUCCCAGGUUGGAAGGGUAGUUGAAGACCCUGAUGCUGCAAAAGAAAUCCUGAACACUCCUGAGUUACUGAGGCAGGUCAUUUACUGCAUUGGUGCGGAGAAAAUAGCCGUGGCCAAGGCGGCUAUCAAGUCACUAGCAAGAGUGGCAGAAACACCUGAGGGCCUAGAAGCUUUGCUUGCGGGCAAUUUGCUGGUGGACUUGAAAAACGUUAUGGCCAAGAGUGACAUCAUACGCUAUCGUGUGUACGAGCUAGUUGUCGAUAUUUCCUCCGUGUCUGCGGAUUCGCUGAACUACUGUGUGAACAGCGGGUUAAUCUCGGAGCUGAUCGGGGAGCUGAUGGGGAACGACGUGCUUGUCAGAGCCACCUGCAUAGAGAUGGUGACGUCGCUGGCCCACACUCACCAUGGGCGCCAGUACCUUGCGCAGCAAGGAAUCAUCGAUAAGAUUUCCAACAUAAUCAUUGGGGCCGACUCUGAUCCCUUCUCGAGCUUCUACUUGCCAGGCUUUGUGAAAUUUUUUGGCAACCUGGCUGUAGUCGACAGCCCCCAGCAGAUCUGCGAGCGAUACCCCAUCUUCGUGGAGAAAGUCUUCAGCAUGGCGGAAAGCCCUGACCCGACCAUGUUUGGCGUGGCUGUAGAUACCCUUGGGAUCUUAGGUUCCAAUGUGGAGGGGAAGUUGGUGUUGCAGAAGAAGGGCAGUAGAUUCCAUCAUGUGCUAAACAGAAUAGGGCAUCAGUCAAAGAAUGCCACAACAGAGCUGAGAGUCCGGUGCCUGGAUGCUAUUUCAUCUCUCUUGUACUUGCUGCCAGAUCAGCAGACGGAAGACCUUCUAGGGAUGACCGAAUCCUGGUUCUCCUCUCUAUCCAGCCAGCCCUUAGAACUCUUCAGGAGCAUCAGUACGCAGCCUUUCCCUGACCUGCACUGUGGCGCCUUAAGGGUCUUCACUGCCGUUGCCAAUCAACCGUGGGCCCAGAGGAUGAUGCUGGCAAGCCCAGGCUUUGUGGAAUAUGCCGUGGACAGAUCCGUGGAACCAGACAAAGCUUCUAAGGAGGCGAAAUACGAACUAGUCAAGGCCCUGGCCAAUUCAAAGACCACCCCUGAAAUCUUUGGGAAUCAGCAUUACUUAAGGCUCCGAGCUUACCUGCGCGAAGGGCCUUACUACAUCAAGGCUGUCUCAACCACGGCUGUGGAGGGGGCUGAAUAACGUUUGAACAACCGGCUUCUCGUUGCUCUACAGUAAUUCCAGAUGGUCUUGGGACUUCACAAGGGCUUUUGACUCCAUGGAGGGGGCGGGGGGAAAAACAAUCUGAGGAAGGAAUUGGCUUAACGGUGUUUCUGUUUUUUACUUUGAAAUGACAGGUAAUUGGGUCGAAACAUUGAGGACCAUGUUAUUCUUGACAUCUCUUUAUACUCUGAACGAAUGUGAGGAAGCUUGUUUGGUCAUUAUAGACAGAGUUGGCGUCUUUAGCCAGCAGGUGAUAUGUGUGUACUUACUUUUCAUAUUUUGGCAGCCCUCAUAAAGAGCUCCUGAGGUCGGUAAAAUGAGUACCCAGUUAGCUGGGGGAAAGGCAAUAACGGUCAGGGAAGGCAACGGCGAACCACCCCGCUAUACGGCCUGCCAAGAAAAAGUCAGCGAAAGCUGGCGUCCCUCCAAGAGUCAGUAAUGACUCAGUGCUUGCACGAGAGGUUCCUUUCCUUUCCUUUCAUAAAGAGCAGCCUGUUUGCCUUGUGUAAGGGCUUCAUUGAGAAGACGGGUCAUUCAGCUGAGGCAGCCAGACUGUUCCCAACACUUUCAGCAACUCAAAAGGGUGGGGUGGGGUGGCAAGGGGGUACUCCUUCCCCCUGAUCCUAAAAAGCGUUGCCUGCACUUCAGCCGGUAGCGGCUUGACCCAUUACUGUCCACAGGGAGGGUGAAAGACCCACACAUCUUCGGCCAGAGCUCAGGCUGCCCAUGGGGCGCAGCUUUUGGAUAGCAGUUUUUAGGUGGCGUUGAGUCGCGUUGGCUAUUUUUUAAUGGAACUUAACAGCAAAAACAGGUAUAUCUGUUGCUGCGCUGUUCUGUUUCAGACUACAGGUGGCGGCAGUGCUCCUGCACAGGAAGCAGUUCCCAUGUAGGUGAAACUAGAAGGUGAAGAGAAGGCUAGCUUAGAAUCUUAAUCAUAGAAUCAUAGAAUAGUAGAGUUGGAAGGGGCCUCUAAGGCCAUUGAGUCCAACCCCCUGCUCAAUGCAGGAAUCCACCCUAAAGCAUCCCUGACAGAUGGUUGUCCAGCUGCCUCUUGAAAGCCUCUAGUGUGGGAGAGCCCACAACCUCCCUAAGUCCUUGGUUCCAUCGUUGUACUGCUCUAACAGUUAGGAAGUUUUUCCUGAUGUCCAGCUGGAAUCUGGCUUCCUUUAACUUAAGCCCGUUAUUCCGUGUCCUGCACUCUGGGAGGAUCGAGAAGAGAUCCUGGCCCUCCUCUGUGUGACAACCUUCUCCCACUGUGCUAGAUUUUUGUGUGUGGGUUCAGAGGGUUUAUCCCUUUAUGCCGGCCUUCCACAGCCUGGUGCCCUCCCGUUGCUUUGAACUUCAGCUUCCAUCAGCCCCACCAGCAUGGCUAAUGGUCUGGAACGCUGUGAGUUUUUAGUCUAAAACAUCUGAAGGGCUGCAGAUUGGGGAGUCUGCCCAGUGCACUCUCUGAGUUAAGAUUCUGCCCAGCAGCAGAUCCGUUCACGUGGGGCUUCUGAUCUUCCGUUAGCUCUUCUACCAACUGUCUUGCAUGUUAGAUUCGGGUGAUCCCAGAAGACCGUUUCCCCCCACCCCCUUGAUUCCAAUCUCGGCUUGAAUCCUUCAUUUUUAAACGCACGUUGCAGAGAUGAAAGGCAGUUAGGAAAGCUGAACCUCAGAGCUGCAACUUUCUGAGAGGAGCCAGAACUUUGGAUUGGGCUGUUCUUUAAGCUUUGAGCAGCCAAUGGCUUUUCCUGUUGCCUCCGCCUGAUGUUGAGUGAUUUCCCCACCCUGUUUAGGGGGAGCUUUUAGGGGGGCAUAACAGCUGGAAUGGGGAGAUGGGGAAGUCCGUGGGCAGGAGCGUCCUGGUUGCUGCACUUACUGGAAGAGAGAAGUUGCUAAUAUAGGUGGGUCUCCCUUGGCACACUUUAAAACCCAUCUUCGUUUGAUCACCUGGGUCAUUUAUCAUGACCGCCGCCACCCCCGUUUCCUUAUAUGCCAUUUUACAUCAAGAAUGUGCCCAAAGUGGUUGACAGCUUACUAGAGGAGCAGCCGGAAAUAUAACAAUUGCAAAUUACCGUAGUGUAAAUACAGGAUCAAAAAACACCCCAUGUAACUUUGUAUAAAACAGUACAGAAAACCAACCUAAUCCAGCAGUUUAAAACCAAAAGGAGACAGAAAAAGUACAUCAGAAGUGCCCUGCUGGAUCAGACCAAGGGUCCAUCUAGUCCAGCACUCUGUUCACACAGGGGCCAAACAGCCAUCGGCCAGGGAUGAACAAGUAGGACAUGGUGCAACAGCACCCUUCCGCCCAUGUUCCCCAGCAACUGGUGCACACAGGCUUACUGCCUCGAAUGCUGGAGGUAGCACACAACCAUCAGGGCUAUUAGCCAUGGAUAGCCUUCUCCUCCAGGAAUUGAUCCAACCCCUGUUUAAAGCCAUCCAGAUUGGUGGCCAUCACUACAUCUUGUAGUGAGUUCCAUAAUUAAACUAUGCGCUGCAUGAAGAAGUGCUUCCUUUUAUUUGUCCUGGAUCUUCCACCAAUGGGAUGACCCCGGGUUCUAGUAUCUUGACAGAGAGAGAGAGAGAGCAUGAAGCCUAACGUAUUAACUAUAUGCAAGGCCAAGUAAACUUCUAUUUGGGGUUCUCUACAAUUAACCUACACAGAACAACAGUCACCCCGCUUGCUUUCCUCCCAGUUCUCACCUGGGAGGAGGUGAAGGUUUCCAUGCAUAACAACGUACGAUCCAAUGCUCCAUCUUGUUCAGCUGUCCUUUUACACAGUGGCCUGCCAGAUGUUCAUGGGAAGACCACAAGCAGGAUAUGAGCAUGACAUUGUGCUGCGGACACUCAUAUUCCCAGCGACUGGUGUACAGAGGCAUACUCCCAUCUGAUACUGGACGCAGGAUAUAGUCAUCAUCGAUCGCAUCCAUGAAGUUCUCUAAUCACCUUUUAAAAUAAUCUAAGCUGGUUUGCUAUUGUGUGGCUACGAAUUCCAUUGUUUAACAGUGUGUUGUGUGAAGAGCUCAAACUAGUAAGGAAUUCUUAAGCACAAAUUGCUUGGAAGCAAGUUGUGUGGAAAUUCGGUUCCCAAUUAAAUGACUACAAUCCACCA